CUCAUUUCGAGCCUCGUCCCCUUUUGUACCACUCAGCCAUCCCAAGUCGGUAGGCUGCCGCUUCGUGGAUGGCAAUUGGUCCUCAGAUCACACUUAUCGCCGUCUAAGCCGAGACCUCACGUGCGUGGGAGUCUACCCGGAGUCGGAUAAUCUGGCCGCUUGUGAAGGUCAAUAUACAAUUACAUCACGUUAUCCAUACAGCUGCGACUCUGAACACUUCUAUCCACGGGAUUUGCAUGUUGUACUGCAUUGCGUCUCCACGGCACGGUUAUAUGACCGGAUUUUCCUUGAAACCGACAUCUGAUAUGACUGCUCUCGUUUCGUGCUAGCAUUUCUGUCUGGAACGCACUUGUCGCAUUUAUUCACCAUUCGUGCAUUCUGCAUCAAGACCUAUCAUACCGUAACCGCAUCAAUGGCAGUCCUCAUGGCUUUGCAGGGAUCUAUACGGGCCUCUGGGCAACUCCCUCGCUUGCCCUGUGUGCUCCGAUUCCCCUCCCUCGGACAUGGCUCCGUGCCCAGAAGAGGAUUGCACCCGCUGCAGGUAACCGGAGCGCGUAGCUUCUCGGUCCUCACGCCAGGCUGUCGCUCGCGCUCGCAAUUGAUUCAGGCAAGCUUACGGGGGAAGAGAAGUAGUAGUCUCUGUACAAAGGAGUCAUCGCAAUGGGCACGGAUCACUGUCCAGCAGAGAAGAUGGUCGGCGCAGAAGUCGACCGACUCAAACGAUACGCAAAACACUGAGCCCAAGUCUAAAACCGCGGCUAUUCUGUCAAAGAUCCCUAGACCCACCACCCACGAGAACAUCUAUACUGUUCCCAACAUCCUCACUCUCACCCGCUUAGUUGCAGCUCCUUUGGUAGGGUACUUCCUCGUGCAAGGCCACCACACGGCCGCAUUAGGUCUUUUCGCAUACGCCGGCAUCACGGAUCUUGUGGAUGGCUGGAUUGCACGCCGAUGGAACCUGCAGACGGUCGUCGGGACGAUCAUCGACCCCAUGGCUGACAAGCUUCUGAUGACUAUCGGUGUUGCUUGCUUGGCUGUCAAUGGAUCGAUUCCUGUCUGGCUCGCCGUCAUUAUCCUCGGCCGUGACGUCGGCCUGGCGCUCUCGGCCAUCUACUAUCGAUGGAUCUCUCUUCCUCCGCCCAAGACCAUGGCCCGGUACUGGGACUUUUCUCUUCCGUCUGCCGAGGUCAAACCCACGACAGUCUCCAAGGUCAACACUGCGUUGCAGCUUCUCCUCGUGGGUAGCGCAAUCGGGAUGCCUGUGCUUCCAGAGACGGUGAUUGAUGCGUGGCAUCUAAAGGAAGCCAUGACCGCAUUUCAAUACCUCGUUGCCGGAACCACGAUCUGGUCCGGGCUCAGCUACGUGUUUUCCAAGGAUGCCGUCAAGAUCUUGACGAAGGAAGAGGUGCAGAAGCGCAUUGCUCGAGCUGCCGGGAAGAAGUGAUUGUGGAAUAUAUAGUGAGGAGAUGUAUGUACAUAGGUAGCAUACUGUGAUCGGGGCAUUUGGCUGAGCAUACAUUUCGUUUAAGAUAUGAAGGGAUAUCAGCAUGGGACCUAUUAUGAACUCGGUAUAAGUUUAUGCUCAGC